GGGUGCCUUAUUUUUCACCACAAACCCUAAAAUUUUACUUAGCAAUAUAGAAAAACAAACAAAAAUGUGGUACUUUGGUAAGAUAUCACUGGCCAUUUUUUGUGCCCUAAGCCUAGCAAUGGUUCCUUCCUCCCAAGCUCAGAAUUUGCCCCAAGACUACCUUGACGCCCACAACGCGGCCCGUUCAGCUGUGGGUGUCGGGGAAAUGACAUGGGACAACUCAGUGGCGGAGUUUGCACAGAACUAUGCUAAUCAAAGGAGUCAAGAUUGCGCACUUCAGCACUCAACCAAUAGGCCAUAUGGCGAGAACAUCGCCAUUGGCGGUGGUGACUUCACCGGCAAGGCUGCCGUGGACCUGUGGGUGGCUGAGAAGCAAAACUAUGACCACAACUCCAACUCUUGUGCUGGGGGUGAGGUGUGUGGCCACUAUACUCAGGUGGUUUGGCGCGACUCGGUCCGGCUUGGGUGUGCUAGGGUGAAGUGCACUAGUGGCUCGUGGUUCGUCACUUGCAACUAUGAUCCCCCUGGCAAUGUUAAUGGACGGCCUCCUUACUGAAGUGCUCAUCAGUAAACUACUCUAUGCAUGCAUGCUAGCUCUUAAGUGGUUUUAGUAGCAAUUAAAUAAUAAUAUUGGUAUUGUUGGAUAACAAUACAUAUUAGAAUAAAAUUAUUAGCUACAAAUCUCUUACUUUUUUGGCUUUUUCCUGUAUUUUUGAGCAUGCAUUGGGUUUGGCCAAUCAUUAAUGAAUUAUGUUGUUUAUUUACC